AUGGUCUCUCCUGAACGACUGAAAGAAAUAUGGGUCCCAAUCUCGGACUCAUACGCAUACAAGACGCGCAAGUUACGCGUCGCCACUAUUGGGGCCGGCUUCUCAGGCUUGAUAUUUGCCCACAAGAUCCAGCAUGAACAGCCGGAGUUACAGGAGUUCAUCGACCACGUUAUCUUCGAAGCCAAUGAUGACGUUGGUGGAACGUGGAAGGUCAAUACAUACCCGGGCGUACAGUGCGACGUGCCAGCUCACAUCUAUGCAUUUCCUUUUGACCCGAACCCCGACUGGUCCAAGUUCUAUGCUGAAGGCCCCGAGAUUCUCGAGUACGUGCGGAGGGUCGUCAACAAGUGGAACCUGAAGCGGGACAUUCAGUUCAACACCAGGGUAAUAGCCCUCAAUUGGCUCGAAGACGAAGGAAAAUGGAAGAUCCGAGUCCGGAAGAAUGACGGGGAGGAAAGGGAUGAACUCGCUGAUGUUCUCGUCUCAGCUCAGGGGUUUCUGAGUCAAUGGAAAUGGCCAGAUAUACCCGGCCUUCACACCUUCAAGGGCCAUAAGGUGCAUUCGGCAGGCUGGGAUCAUUCCUAUGACUACUCGCACAAAAAGAUUGGAAUCAUUGGCAAUGGAUCGUCGGCCAUCCAAAUCUUGCCGCAGAUGGCCAAGUUACCUGGUACGCAGGUGGUGAGUUUCCAGCGGGGAGCAACUUGGAUCACUCAGAGCCUGGGCGAGGCACUCGGUGAAGUGGGGAGUAUCUUCAACCCAAGGUACACAAAGAGCGACAAGAGGAGGUUUCGAAAUCCAGAGAAACACAAGGCUUAUCGCAAGAUGUUGCAGCAUGGGAUGAACAAGGGAUUCAGGCUGUUCCGCAAAGGCUCUGUCCAAAACUCCAAAUCCACGGAGGUCACCGUCGAGCGGAUGCGCGCCGCAUUAAACAACAACCCCGAACUCUGUGACAAACUGAUCCCAAACUGGACGCUGGGCUGCCGACGCCUGACCCCCGGUGAAGGCUACCUGGAGUCGUUCCUCCUGCCCACCGUUUCACUGGAGAAAUCGCCCAUCGCGCGAAUUACCGAGACGGGGAUCGAGACAGAAUCUGGCGCGCAAUACGACCUUGACGUGAUCGUGUGCGCCACGGGCUUCGACGUCUCGCACAUCCCUCACUACCCAGUCACAGGGCGCAACGGGAUGACGCUGGCGGAGAAAUGGAAAGACGAGCCCGAGAGCUACCUUAGCGUCGCGUGCCCGGAUUUCCCCAACUACUUCAUCUUCACCGGCCCCAACGCGACGGUUGGGCAUGGCACGCUGAUCACCAGCAUGACCUGGACAGCCGAGUACAUCAUCAAAUGGCUGCACAAGAUCGCGGGCGAGGACAUCAAGUCCGCGGCGCCGCGGCAGGACGCGACCGACGAGUUCGUCACCUACGGCGACGAGAUCCACGACACGCUCACCUGGACCGGCGCCUGCAAGAGCUGGUACAAGAAGCACCGCGUCGACGGCCGCGUCACGGCCACCUGGCCCGGCAGCGCCCUGCUGUACCGCGAGGUCAUCCUGCGCGAGAUCCGCGGCGAGGACUGGGACAUCAGAUACAACUCGCCGAACCGCUGGCGCGGAGUCCUGGGCAACGGCUUCACGCGCCUCGAGACAGAGGCCGAGGAGAAGGAGAAGCUCGGCGAAACGGUCGAUUUGGCGUUUUAUGUCAGUUCCUAG